AUGAACAGCACCCAGUCCAGCCCUGUCGCCUUCUUCAUCAUCCAGGGCCUGGCCAGUCUGGGGGAGAAGAAGAUGGUCCUGUUUAUCAUCUUCCUGCUGGCCUACACUGUCAUCCUAGGUGGAAACAUCAUGAUCAUCUACCUGGUCCGGACCGAUCCGAAGCUGGGCUCCCCCAUGUACUUCUUCCUCCACAACCUGUCCAUCGUGGACAUGAUUUACACAACGGUCACCAUCCCCAACAUGUUGUCAGGCUUCCUGACUGAGGUCAAGACUGUGUCCGUCCCCGGCUGCUUCCUCCAGAUGUACUGUUUCAUCCACAUGUCUGUUACCGGCCGCGCCCUGCUGACCGCUAUGGCCUACGACCGCUAUGUGGCCAUCUGUAAUCCUCUCCGCUAUGCCGCUGUGAUGACCCGCCCCGUCUGCCUGCUACUCAUCAUUGGGGCAUGGACCUUCGGCGCCAUCUGCACCUUCCCAAACACUAGCAUGGCAGUACAGCGUUCAUACUGUGGACCCAACGUGGUGCGCCACUGCUGGUGUGACCCAUCCUCAGUGAGGCUGCUGGUGUGUGGGGACACUCAGGUGGACAGCAUCGUGUCACUGUCUUUUGCCCUCAUAGCGCUGCUCACUACGGGAGUGCUCAUCCUCACUUCCUACAUCCUCAUCGGUGUGAAGAUAGCUAAUAUGGGCGCCGCAGAGCGACUGAAGGCGUUUAGCACCUGUGCCGCCCACCUGACGGUUGUGUCCAUUUCUUACAGCUCUGCCUCAUUUGUCUAUAUCUCCUACCGUGUGGGAAACUUCUCUCCAGAGGUGCGUAUCAUCGUGUCGGUGCUGUACUCGGCUCUGACUCCUUUCCUGAACCCGAUGAUCUACAGCCUGAGGAACAAGGAGCUCAGAGUGGCCAUCAAGAGGGCCUUCUGCCGACAAGACGUCUCACCGCAGAGCCGCAAAACACUCAACACACUGUCCUGA